AUGGUCUUAACCUUCUUCCUCUUCGCGCACACACUGUGGUUGUACUGUAUUCCUGUUCUACCGACAAGCACUUCAAUUUUUCCAACAAAUACAACCAUGAAAUGCAGGUUCUCAAAAAAUCCCGAAGACGACGCAUGGCAUCAAUGCGAUUGCGUACCGGUGGGUAAUGAUGACUCUGUUCAUGUCAUAUGUCGUCAAGUGCUUGCGUCCACAGUUCCACCAUUGCCAACAGGCGAUGGUCAGACGCUUACAGCAGGAAGUAUAGUCGCACUUUCUAUGACUGACGGUGGCUUAGCAUUUAUUCAACAAGACGCUUUUCGAAUGCAUGACAUACAAGCUCUUGAUUUUUCUGACAAUCAAAUCCAGACGGUGAAUGUGAAUGCUUUUCGGGGUCUCGAGAUGAAACUGACCCAUCUGAGUCUCAAGCACAACAAUUUAUCUGUGAUUCCUGCUUGGGCACUCACAUAUUUGCAUCAUCUACAAGUUUUGCGGUUGGAUGGGAAUCGCAUUAGUCAUGUUCGAGCUAAUACAUUUGACGAAACUCAGCUCAACAACCUUCACUUCCUGCAUCUUGACAAUAAUCAGAUUUCAUUCAUUCCCAAUAUGGCGUUUGCUCGGUUGCGAUUGAUCGUUCUCACUUUGUCCAACAAUAGGAUAACCCAUCUGGAGAAAAUGUCUCUUCCACCUUCGCUGAGUAUUCUCGAACUCAGAAACAAUCUCCUAACUCAGAUCCCCUACCUCGCCUUGAAGGACAAAAUUGCACUACAGGUAUUAGACCUUGACGGGAACAACAUAUCAAUGCUACACUCCAACUCAGAAGUUCAUUUCAAAAAUGAGAUAAGGCUCGUACUAAGGAACAACAAAAUACGAUCCCUUACAAGUACAUCGUUCAAAAGUUUCAGAAAAUUUAAAGAGCUUGACCUAAGCUAUAAUCAAAUUUCGAGUGUACAUCCUACUGCAUUCGAUGGCAUAAGUCAAAUAAAGGCACUGGAUUUGAGCUACAAUUCUAUAGCUUUUAUCGCUCGUGGAACGCUGAAGAAUUUGGCAAAAAACCUUGAGAAGUUAAAUCUUGAGGAGAACAUUUUCCAUACCCUACCAGAUGCUCUGAUGGACCUUCGAAAUCUGACACAUCUGAACUUGAACGGAAACAAGUUGACCAAGUUGAACGAGGAAGCUGUCGAAGGACUGAGAGACGCGCUUGUGGAGCUCUCACUAGCUUACAAUCGCUUAAAAAUGGUUCCUACGAAUCUUCUGAAUGGAAUGAGCCGGUUACAGCACCUGGAUUUGUCGAAGAACAACAUCAAAAGCUUGCACAGACUAGCUUUCGGCACAUUUGACGGAACAGGGACCAGUCUCAUUCAUUUAAAUUUGGCAGGAAACCAACUGAAGGUCAUAGAGGAUCCUGGAGUGUUCCUAUACAUGACGUCAUUAGCCUAUCUUGAUCUUUCUUAUAAUCAACUUGAUGAGAUUGAGCCGAAGACGUUUGAGAAACUACCCGGAUUGGAAAGGCUCUACCUUCAGAACAACAAACUCAAGAAACUACCAUUGCAUGCUUCACAGCGUAUGCAAAAUUUACGCCAACUGAAUUUGGACAACAAUGAGAUCAAAGAACUCCCAGAUCAUCUGUUAACUUCAACACCACACUUGGAACAUUUAUCUAUAGCAGGGAAUCAAAUACAUUCGAUCAACGAUCGAGUAUUUCAUUCAAGCAAUUCGAAGACGCUCAAAUCAUUGAAUCUAGCAGGGAAUCAAAUCUCAAACAUAUCGAGCAGAGCUUUCCAGCAUAUGGAUAACCUACAGGUGUUGAAAUUGAAUAACAAUCGCAUUCGUACCAUCGAUUCAAUGGUGUUCGCAGAAUUGCGCAAUUUGCGUCACCUCGACCUAUCUCACAAUGAGAUCAUUUGGAUUCAUCCGCAAGCUUUCUCGAGCAUGCCGGUUCUUGAAACCCUUUUGCUCGACAAUAACCAAAUAGAAAAAAUCGAUAGAUCCGCAUUUUACCGAAUCAAUCGAAUAGAGACGCUGGAUCUUAGCAAUAAUCAAUUGAAGAACUUUAGCUGUGAGCAGCUCGGAUCUAUUCAAACCGUCUACAACCUUAACCUCGCACAAAAUCGGAUUGAACAGAUUGAUCUCACCUGCAUCCUACGAAGCCUUGUUCGUCUGGAUCUAGGGCAUAAUUUUCUCGAGACUAUUCGGAAAAGUAUGAUGGAUGGUGCUGAUAGGUUAUUGGAAAUCACUCUCAAAAACAAUGGAAUUUUGGAGCUACAAGGAAACACUUUUUCCUGCUGUCCAAAGCUAUCUACGAUUGAUCUUUCGCACAAUCACCUUAAAACAAUACAAAAAGGGACCUUUUCUGAUCAGGAGCUGCUCAAUCGUCUAGACAUAAGCUACAAUGCAUUGCAAAACUUCCAACUCGGAUGUUUCGGAAAAAAUAACAUUCUAUUGCUGAAUGCUGCUUUCAACGAACUUUCUAAAGUUCCUAUAGAAGCGCUACAAUCAACGUCAGCUUGUAUUUCUUCACUUAACAUGGACAACAAUCGCAUUCGAACACUGGAAUCAUCGCAAUUCUUCGGACUACAAAAUCUUACGCAGCUAGUAAUCUCCCGAAAUUUUAUCGAAACUAUUGAAGACGGUGCUUUUGAACAUCUCCCCGCUCUCAAAUAUCUGGACAUAAGCAAUAAUCCAAUCAGUACGUGGAGUCCUUCUGCGUUCCGAGAUAUGAGUAGCUCUAUGGAUAGCCUUAAUCUAGCGAACACGGGACUAUUUUCAAUACCUCGAAUGAACCACCACGCCAUACGACACUUCAAUCUUAGCAUGAAUAAGAUCUAUGACGUAUCACGGAUGGAUAUAAAGAAAACCGCACAACUAAUUUCGUUGGACAUCUCGAACAAUAACAUACAAAGGAUUGAAGAAGAUGUAUUCGAAGAUUUAGUCAACCUCAAAGAAUUGAACAUUAGUGGAAACCCUAUCAAAGAAAUUCUUGGAGAUCACUUCCGACCUCUUUAUCAGCUUGAAACUCUGUCGAUUCACGAUCUUCCAUCACUUUCAAAGCUUCCAAACCCAUCCGAGUUUUCUCAUCUCGCGAGUCUUCGCAACUUACAAUUGUACAACCUCGCCGGUACGGGUCUCAAGUAUAACACUACGCAAAUACUACAACAUCUUCCCCCGUUGCGAUCGCUCUUCAUCGAAUUUCAAGAACGAAUAAUCGAUGGUCAGCUGCAUGAUGUCGAUAUGACACACAUGAGACAAUUGACAAUCACUGGAAGAAACAUCACUAAUAUUAGCUCGAUUGCAGUACAUGCGCUGAGGGGUUACAAAGUUCAUUUAUCAGUGAUAAACACCUCCCUGCAAGAAUUUCCUACUUCUUUGUUCACAACAUUGGGUGGCAUAUACUUCCUCACUUUGUCUCUAUCUCACAACAAAAUUCGAACUGUACAACCAUUCAAAAAUUCUAUUCAACCAUGGAUCAACCAACAUGGUACCAUAUUGGAGGCUAUCGAUCUUACGGGAAAUCCAAUUCAAUGUGAUUGCUCCAUGUCAUGGGUGACUGAAUGGAUUCGAUCGUCAAGGACCAAUGCUAGAGAGUUCGAGAAAGUUUACUGUAAGAACAAACCGUCGGAAGAAAACUCUUUGAGCUUUGUAUACAGCAAGUAUUAUAUGAAUUCAACACGAUGUUUGUUGGAAAACGGGGCCAAUGUGAACUCUGUUCUUCUCAUUGUUUGUACGAUAUGGGUAUUUAUUUGUUCCGUUUUCAUUUGA